AACAAGUCUCCUCAAUUUUUAGAAGGCAACACAAUAAAUGUGCAACCAUUACAUCCGUAAUACAGUAAAGGUUUUCAGUGUAUGGAAAAUUGUGUAGGAAUAGUUGUUGUUUAUUUAGUAUACUAAUUGAUUUAUGAGAAAGAAAUGGAUGAUUUAGAAGAGUAUUCAUCGCAAGUUGGGGAGCUGGAGGCAACUUUUACAAGAGCUGCCAGUUACUUGCAGGGGCUGGCUGCAACACUCCCUAAUGAGAGACUCCUUUUUUUCUACGCUCGCUAUAAACAAGCCCUCGAAGGACCGUGUUUGGCACCUAAACCUGGUUUCUUUGAUUUUAAAGGGAAGCAAAAAUGGGAUGCAUGGAAGGGAAUGGGUGAAAUGUCAAAAGAGAAUGCCAUGAAAGAAUACAUAGAGGGUAUAAGCGAAGUAGAUGCCGACUGGCAGAUAAAGGCUCCGACAGAUGGCAAACAGUCAGGCACAGGUUGGGUGAGAGUGAGUUCCUUGGCUGUUUCUGAGGAAGAUGAUGACAAGAAUGGUAAAGAAAAGAAUCACUUUGAUUGGGUGAAAGAAAAUAAUAUUCCUAAAGUGAAAAACGUAGAUGACAAAACUUUGUCCGAGACAGACGAAAACGGCAUGACACUUUUGCACUGGGCAGCAGAUAGAGGAUAUUUGGACGUGACAGAAAUUCUUCUUGAGAAAGGUAUUGAUGUCAACAGUCAGGAUGCUGAUGGGCAAACUCCACUCCAUUAUGCAGCCUCCUGUGGACACCAGGCUGUAAUAAAAUCUCUUCUGUCACAUGGAGCCGACUUAAACAUUGCUGACUCAGAUGGCCUGUUGCCAGUGGACUGUGCAGAAGAGGAGAUCAAGGAGCUUUUAAAGUAAGGUUCGUGUUGUCCCAAGUUUAUUUGGUAAGCAGAUACUCAAUGUGGAAACCUUACGAAACAACUCGAUCAUGUAAAGUUUCAUUGUAUCUUUGUAUAUACGUACACCUUAUUCUUUUAGAAUAAACUGCUAAUGUUAA